GAACGAAGAAGAAUUUGGAUCACGUGACUGCUGUUGGACCAGGAAGUGCGGUAUCAGAUACACGGUUAGAUCAAAACAAAUCAAGACUAUCCUGUCGGGUAGCGGAAUAUUAUUUGUCCUGUGAUCACCUGGAAGCAUAUUCGUCUUGACAUGGAUGAAACACUCUUCCAGCUAAAGUUCACUUCCAAGCAGCUCGAGAGACUGGCCAAGAAGGCAGAGAAGGAGUCUGAAAAAGAGCAGGCCAAGGUCAAGAAGGCUUUGCAGCAGAAAAAUGUCGAAUGUGCCAGAGUUUAUGCAGAGAACGCCAUCCGGAAAAAAAAUGAGGGUCUUAAUUGGCUGCGCAUGGCGUCUCGAGUCGACGCGGUGGCCUCUAAAGUCCAGACUGCUGUCACCAUGAAGGCGGUGACCAAAAACAUGGGCCAGGUGACCAAGUCCCUGGACAAAGCUCUGAACUCCAUGGAUCUCCAAAAGGUCUCUGCAGUCAUGGAUAAGUUUGAAACUCAAGUCCAGAACCUUGAUGUCCACACCUCAGUGAUGGAGGACUCCAUGAGCUCGGCAAUGACGCUGACCACGCCUCAGGAGCAGGUGGACGACCUGAUCCACCAAAUAGCAGAGGAGAGCGGCCUGGAGGUGAUGGACAAGCUCAGCCAGCUGCCUGCAGGAGCUACCUCAGUGGGCGCGGAGAGCUCACGGAGCCAUGACAAGGAGGACCAGCUGUCCCGACGGUUGGCUGCUCUGCGGAACUGAUGCCUCCACCAGGAGAGGCGGCGGGGCUUGCAGCUGCGUGGAAGCAGACGAGCUUAACGACGGCGAAAGGAGCUGUGUGUGUUUCUAUUGAACUGUUCCUACCAGGAGGACUUAAUGAGCCUAUUGAUUACCCUGCUCUAUAAAUACACAAACACACACACACACACACACACAGGAUAGAAAAUACCACCUGAGAAGGCAUGAAUCUCUCUCUGGUUCACCUUCCCAUUUCUGUCUUCCCCUCUGAUUCCCCAUUGGAUCUCAUUUUACUUUCUCACUCACUCCCCCCCCCCUUCUCCUCCUUCUCCUCCUUAUCCUCCUGUGGCUAUACUCAGUUCUCAGAUCACACGCUUUUGGAUGUAUGCUUUGUACAAAAACCCAUUUUACAAACUGUAUAAUGUACAAUGAUGAAAAAAGUUUUAAUAAGCGGUCAUAGUGAUUAUAAGGGAGUCCAUGGCUCUCAUAAGGUGCAGGGUGGGUUAAAAAUGUAUCUACAUGUUGUUUGUAAUUUUUUUGGGGCUUUAUUCUGUUGGUGGAAGGAGACAAAGAAAUAUCAGUUGUUGCACUUGUGUUUGACAGAAGUUAACAAUCUCCUUCCCUCAUCAGAUUCAUCCAAGUAACACCUGUUCAUGACAUUGUUAUAACACUAUACAACGAAGGACAAUCCUCAAACCUCUUGUUUCUCAGUGUCAAAACAUCUUUUUAUGUUCUAUUUUUAUUUUUCUUAAGAUUUAUUGUUGAUUAUUCAGAAUAUUUGCUUUGAUGCCUUAUUUGGGAUGCAGGUGCUUGCAUAGGUGCUCCCCCCUACACCCCCCUGCCCCGCCAGUGCCUGGAGGACAGUAGUUUAGAAAGCAAACCGCAGCAAAACCUGACAGACAUAGGUCGGAACGAGGAAUUUUCCGUUCCUCUUCCCGCCAGGCGAGCCUGAGAUAUUUUUUUCCCCCGGUCUUAGCCAGCUUCACUUCAACACCGACUGUGAUGAGCAUGAGCUCCGGUUGCCUGAUCUCUUCUUGGUGUCUGUGGUGUUUGAUUAAAGCUCACCCCCAGCAAUGCUGAAACCUCACUCAGAUAUUUUUGGAUCUUCUCUGUCUCAAAAUAAAGUCCCCACCUGCCUCGGUCCCAUCCCAAACAGUUUUCGGGAGAAGAUGUCAGUUAUGAGCGGGGAUGUAAAUGCUGGAUUUUAUUUAUUUUUCUUCUUAGACAUGAGUCACUUGCUACUCCUAAUUUGCCUUGUAACACCUAUUUUCUUGAAAAGUUAAUGUUUCAGGUAAAUGCAGGAGAUUUGCUAGCAUCAAGAGCAGGUGAUGUUUAAAGAAAGGACAAUAAAAUGUACAAUGGCUAGACAAGAGUUACUCUCUUGCUUUUUAGCUCUGUUCUCUGUUAAGUGCUUUGACCAGUUUCAACAUCAGUGAGAGAGCGGGCAGGCUGAAGCCACACCUCCACCUAUGACAAAGCAGCUUCACUCUGACAGUGUUUUCAGUUUGUUGUCCAUGUUAACACAGGGGGGUUAUUUAUACAGCAUUUGCAGCACUUUUGUUUUGUAUAUUAAUCUUGUGAAAAUAAAAUCUUGCCCUCCUA